AUGGAUGUGAAAGAUAGGAAGCCGUACCGUUCUUUGACCAAACGCUGCAAUCCUGAACACCGCUAUACCAGUUCCUCAGCAGAGAGCGAGGACGGCAAAAUCCCACAGAAGUCCUACAGUUCCAGUGAGACUCUGAAAGCUUAUGAUCAGGAUUCCAGGAUGAUCUAUGGCAACCGGGUUAAAGAAAUGGUGCCACAGGAAGCAGACGAAUACUGUCAGACAGGAAACACCUUCUCUUUACAAGAACUAGGCUUUGAAGAUGUCUCCCCACCCCAUGGGACUUUAUACCGGACUGACUUAGGGCUGCCCCACGGCAGCUAUUCCAUCAGUGCGGGCUCUGAUGCUGAUACCGAAACGGACGCAGUCAUGUCACCGGAACAUCCAGUGCGGUUGUGGGGACGCAGCACCAAGUCCGGGCGUAGCUCCUGCUUAUCAAGCCGAGCCAACUCCAACCUUACCUUGACAGAUACAGAACAUGAUAACACAGAAACAG